AUGGAGACGGUACCUGGUUAUGACACGUCAAGUUACUGGCUCGUGGUAAAGGUAGUUGCGAGGAGGUUGCCAGUGGUGAAGGUACUUGGGAAGAGGUUGCCAAUGGUGAAUGUUUUUGCGAAGAGGUUGCCAAUGGAGAUGGUAAACAUACCUGAUCUAAUAAAGGUGGUACCGGAGACAAAGGACUUGCCUCAGCACACUGAAGCUGCCUUAUUGCGGAUGGGUUGGACGAUAAAAUUGAUGGUGAACAUGGGUUGGUUGACAGCGAUGACUGUGAGUGUAACACCAAAGAUGUUGAAGCAACCACUUGAUUUAUCUCAUUGUCGUCAUCUGAUAAAAGAUUUAGAUUUUCUAUCGAAGAUGGCAACGAUGGAGGCGGUGAACUGCUGUCGGAGUGCGUUGGGCGGGGACAGUACUGCAAUUCAUCCUCAGCAGAUGAUUCACUGUCAUCCAAAUCCGAUUUUGCCCCCGGCUUCGGAACAAGAGCCACAAGAUGCCGAGCUCUUCUUUGUUGUUGUAUAC